UCGUCUCAUCGCUGUCUCGGAACCAGCCUGACCCGUAUAGAAACCGAAUACCCACCCAUCUCGGCACACUGCUAGAAAUCAGCAUCACAUUCCCCGGGGAAAACAAAAGAAAAUAAAAAUGUACUCUGCGAUUCGGUCGUCGCUUCCGCUAGAUGGCAGCAUGGGAAUAGAGUAUUCCGACGGAACUAACCUUCCCGUCGACGCCUGCUUGGUCCUAACUACUGACCCCAAACCCCGCCUUCGCUGGACUUCAGAGCUCCAUGAGCGAUUCGUCGACGCCGUCACCCAGCUCGGCGGUCCCGACAAAGCAACGCCCAAAACGAUAAUGAGGACGAUGGGGGUGAAGGGUCUCACUCUCUACCACCUCAAAUCUCAUCUUCAGAAAUUCCGCCAGGGAAGGCAGUCAUGCAAAGAAUCAACUGAAAACUCUAAGGAUGUUUCUUGUGUUGCGGAGAGUCAGGACACGGGUUCAUCUUCAACGUCAUCCUUAAGAUUGGCUGCCCAGGAACAGAACGAGAGCUAUCAGGUUACUGAAGCUUUGCGUGCCCAGAUGGAAGUUCAAAGAAGACUACACGAGCAGCUAGAGUAUGCGCAGGUGCAACGGCGACUACAGCUCAGGAUCGAGGCACAGGGGAAGUAUCUGCAAUCAAUUCUAGAGAAAGCUUGCAAGGCUAUAGAGGAUCAAGCUGUUGCGUUCGCUGGGCUAGACGCAGCUAGAGAAGAGCUUUCAGAGCUAGCCAUAAAGGUCUCCAGUGGGUGCCAAGGCACAUUCGACACCACCAAAAUGACGGUUCCAUCCUUAUCUGAGCUUGCUGUAGCGAUAGAGCACAAGAACAACUGUUCAGCAGAGAGUUCAAGCACUGUGGGAAGCCCGGUUUCAGCUUCUUUGAUGAAGAAGAGGUAUAGGGGUGUGCUUGGAAACGGAGAAAGACUUGUUAUGGGCCAUGAAGCUGGGUGGGUUAUGCCUAGUAGUAGUAGCCUUGGGUGAAGGUAGAGAGGAGGCCAGAUUUUAGAUAAUUUGCUUUGUUCUUGUAAUUUAAACUUGAAAAACUGUCAGCUAAUGUAUAAAUUUGUUGAAGCUCUAGUGUCUCCUUUAGUUUUGCUGCA